ACUUGAAGGCAAAUCGGAAAACAAUUAAUUGGUUUAGAUGAGUGGAAUCGAACGACAUCUGUUAUGACAUAAAACACGUAUAACGCAAAAAUAAAGUAAACACGCUCCAGAUGGAUAUGUCAAAAUUGUGUUUUAGUUUACCAUUUACAAAUAGAAAUCUAUUGUUGUGAAUGUGACUAUUUUCAUUUGUUCGAUCGCGAGUCCUUUUUCAGUUUUACUGAGUGCAGUGCAUCCGAAAUUGUGGCGAUUUUGGUUUUUGUUCCCUCAAUUUACCUAGAUAAAUUCGAUUUAAGUAGUUUAGUGCCAACCGCAAGCAAAAUGUGAUUAAAUUAUUGCGACAAAUACGAUAGAUAGAAGGGAAAGAAGAAGAAAAAAAAAAUAUCAUUCGGUGAAAAUGAAUCGAUUGUAUACAAGUGGUGACUUCAGUUCAUCAUGUUCCUCGGACACAGAUGGAUCGUCAUCGGAAGACGAGGGCACGGAGAAUAUUUUCAGCAAAAAGCGCAUCAACGAAAAGAGCGAUUCAAAUGCUAAUUCGCGAAAAUCUACAUCACAAAAUAUCAUAUUUAAAUUACAAAAUCGAGAGAGAACGGGAUAUUUUACGGACAAAAUUUCUCACAAGGAUCGAAAACUUGCAUUUGUUCGGGUUCCGAGACGAUUACAGUUUUGCUUGAAAGAAAUUGUGCCAUAUUGUUACCUAACCGGACACGUGUUCAUGGGAUUAACAAUAUGCGGCCAAUUUAUGCUCAGUUACAAAGUUAUCUCAGAUGAAGACUCUGCACUCAACAAUUACAGCUUUACCUCAACUUAUAAAUACGAGCUCUAUUUUUGGAUUUACCGCCCUCAUAAUCUGCUUUAUAAGUACUUUACGAUUUGCUUAUUUGACGAUCAUGGUGUCGAUAAUAUCAAAGCAGUCACAAUGGCACAAUGGAAAACCAAUCCACGGGUACUUGUGGUGCAUGGUGGUGGCGUUGAAAGCGAAGAUUCAUAUAUUACCGUUGUGGCUGUUCCAAAUUUAGGAUGCUUAGACUGUAAAAAACUUCGCGAUGAAUUCUGUGCCAAUGACACAAUGGACGUAAAUCGAAGCGGUUAUUUAUGCAUCAAGUGUAAUUUUACGAUACACACGAAAUAUUGCCGUGCUGAUACUGAUCCCGUCUUCAAUCCGAGCGUAAAUUUACAGUGUUUGGAUAAGAUUCUGAUUGUGGCGAACGGUUUGAUUCAUAUGGUUCACAUUGAUCUACAUCUGAAUAAACAGGUCAAACCGUUCACCAAUUCCAUUGAUAUAAAGUAUGUUAAGACACGCACAAAAUCAAAGCCUGAAUCAAGUCAACCGGAUGAAGUGAAUGAAGAUUUAGUCAGUUUGCCAAAUAGUUCCAUAACAAAGUGUUCCACUGAACAGACAACAAAAACUGCCAAAGAGAGACCCAACUCAACUACGACUGCAUGUGAUGAUCAUCAACAAAUGGCAAAAGCGUAUGAGCCAAAAAAUAUUGUGGAGAAAAUCAUCGCGGAUUUUGCCGAAUGCGAAACCGAUUUGACACCGACUGAAAAACAACAGCAAACGCCUCGCAUUAACAAUACACAAAAUAAUUUCAAUGAAUUGGUCAUAACAUGCCGAAAUAAUAUUGAUAAACCAUUAAGAGCGACGAGUUCAACAAAGGUUCGAUUGUUGAAUCAUCGCAGCAAUCGAAUCAUAUCGAAGAGUGUGACCAAUUUGAAGAAUAGCAUAACUAAAGUUGACUUUGGCCCGAGUCAAGCGACAAAUACAACGAUUCCAAGCGGCAGUUCGAAUAACAAUGCAAACAAUAAGAAUUUAGACAAGGCAGCUAAAGCGUACGAAUUUUCCGAAGACAAUGAAAAAUGUGAAAAGAUUAGCACGUUUCGAAAGAGACGAUUGGCCGAUAAAAAAUAUGAGUUUUCCGAAGAUAAUACCGAAAAUAUUAUUCCAUAUAAUCGAAUGAGAUCGGUGAUCCGUAAUCCGACACUUCAUCAGAAAAUCUCACGACAUUCGCCAGCCCAUUCGAAUGUGAUGAGCUACAGUUCAUCGCCACCAUCAACUUUUGAAAUUGCCACAUCGUAUCAUACGCAUCGAGCAUCACCCAGUUACGGCUUUCGAUCACCAUGCGGAUCACCAGUCGGCAAUCGAUUUCAUAUGAUGUCUCCACCCGCCCGCUCUUGUUUCAAUGCCAAAUCACCAUCGUGCACACGAUCAGCAACAAUGUCUCCACGAAGUAUGAAGCGUCCCUAUUAUGAUUCCAUGUUAGAACCACAUUCAAAUCUAAUUUUAUCACCACGAAGCGAUGAUUGUGAUAGUAACAAGACUAAUUUCCCGUUAAGUGAGGUCAAACCACCAAAUAUUGACUUGCGAAAUAGCCAACAGAAUAUUUGCGAACGUAGUUUGAUCGAAAAUGAUCAAAAACCACAAUGCUCCAUUAUAUUGAGUCGGCACUAUGUUGAGGAAGACGAUGCAGCCAGUGUAAUAACCAGUGAAGAAGACGACUGCAUUUCGCCUGGCUAUCACACAUCGUUGCCUCUGGAAGUUCACGGGGCUGGCUACUCUGAUAUGCAAAUGAUAUCAAAGAAUUCUCUCAAGAAACUGAUGUGCCCAACAGUGAUUGUAACACAAAUCACAUUUGAUUUGGAGGCAUUUACCUACUAUGCCGUCAACUAUUUGUGUAGCAUCAAUAAUAAAAAAUACGGGUUCUUCUUCGACUGUGGCUGUGAAAUUGUCAAGAUUUGCCCGCUGAGUUGUGUACUGACCUGUAUUCUAAUGGUAAACUUUACGGCGAGUGAUGUGCAGAUCGAUCCCAGCGCCAAUAAUUGCUUAAAUUGUUCGAGUAAUUUGAAUUUGGAUUGUGUGUUUCAUCGCAAGCACUAUGAGUGUCAGAUUUUGUUCACCUGGGACAUUGAAACGGGCGAAUGGAAUGUAUUAGAUUAUGGACAUUUGAUGGAGGUGCCGCCGACGUUAACCAGUGAAAAGCAUACACCCUAUAUUCAUCGUAUCGUAAGCAAAUUGGCGGCCGACAUGAUAUCCGGCUUGAGUGCGUACACUGAAAUAUUCAAUAAGCUUCAUGUACUUGAUUCGUGCGUUGAAAAAUCGAAAAAGAUUUUACGCGAUGUAGACAAUUCCAUAGAAUUUUAUCGAACACCCGGUCAAAUACGGUAUUCGUCUGAUUUGAGUGACAUCGAAAUGGAAUAAUUUUGCGAGAAAAUUGUAUUUGUGUCACAUGUCAAUACCAAAUGAGAUUGAUGUUCGACUGCGUUUGAUGGUAACUUAGUUAAAAUGUUGUUCGCACGUGAACGUGUUGAACCUGAAGCAAUCCUGACAAAAUUGAAACAAAUACAUCACAAAAAAUGACAAAGACUAAACAAACAAAAGAAGAUGAUGAGGAAAAAAAGGAACACCAGUUCUUUUGUCCAGAUUACAUAGGAUUUUUAUAGAAUCAUCAGACCUUGUACAUUUACAGUAUAAUUUAUUAAAUUGAUUCAUUACAAUCGCAAAUAAAUAAUCUAUUUUGAAGCUAAUCGA